UGGUUUGAUUUAAAAUAGAGAUUCUGUAGAGACGGUAGAGACAAGUGACAGGUGAUUCAAAAUUUGUUUGCGCGGCGAGAAGCCCCUUGGAAAAGUAGUUACGUGGAGGGGGAUUCGGUGUUGGCAAGCAAGUGUCGGUCAAGUGGUUGUGUAUUCCGGGUUCCGGGUUAUUGAAAAUAGUCUCAAGUGAGCAGAGCAUCUAAUCAGCUGUCGCCCGUGCAGUUGAAUGUAUCACAAAAUUGCAUCGUCGUUGGUCGCAGUCGUUCUGCGUAUUCCGAUGCGCCAUGGAAAAAUAGUGUGUUAGACAUGAAUUCGUAGAUAAAUAAAGGUGGGAGGUCGAAGACAAGUGUAUAAAAAUAAUGGCGGAGAAACAUGAGCAGAUACCGCCAAGAGAUAGUGGCGAGAUUUUUAUUCCAUUGUUGUUAUUAUCGUCCGCGAUUUUUUGGUACAUUAUAGGUUAACAGAAUUUUUUAAAUUUCUCGUCUAUGAUGGCAAUCCUCGCCACCCACACAAAAAGUGUAUAAAUGGAAGUGUGUAAUCGUUUAAAUGUGUACAUAGUUGAUUUGCGGUUGUAUCGAAACUAAAGGAAGAAAGCGUACAGCUCGCGUCAUCGGAAACGUCAUCUUUAUUUAUAUUAGGAAAUACGAAAUUAUCAAUCAUGCGUUUUAACAAACAAGAAUUGAUGACAUUGGCGACUCAGCCGUCGCAAAAAUUCGAAAAGGAAGGAACUUUGUAUGUACGCGAAAGACAGGAAGGUUUCUUUCGACGAACUGACAGUAGUACAAGUGAAAAGAUUGAGAUGAAAAGAGAAAACGGAAAGAGACACAAGUCUUUAAGAGAUUUGAGUUGCGUCUCAGCAGGCACAAGUAACAAAGCGAGCUCCGAACGAUGGUGUCGUCUACGUGGGAAUCUUUUAUUUUACUUCAAAUCUAAAGAACAAUGGUCAGAGCCGCUCGGUGUCAUCAUUUUGGAGCAUUGCACAUUCAGACUGGACGAAACGAGUCAAGAUAUUUACUUCGGCUUUAGUAUUGUUUUCGAUGGAGGUCUUUUACAACAACUGGGUGCAAGCUCUUCGGAAGAACGUGAUACCUGGUUGCAGGCGUUACAGUUGGCGAGUUACGAGUGCAUGAGAAGUCAAUUGUUAGCAUUGCGUCAGCGUAUCGAGGCUUGCAGUGGUCACAAGCAUGACACAGACAUCCACAUGUUGCGGCUUCAGCGUGGCAUCGUUACGGAUCCAGCGGAAAUUCCUGUGUGCGAAAUAUCGGUCGCUUGUGACAAUCUAUUGUGCGAUGGACAUGGUCGUCCACCUAAUCCCGUUUUAGAAAUUGACGUUCAAACUGUUCGCAGGAGGACUUGGAUUAAAUACGCUAAAACUGAAAUUGUUGAGCGAAGUAGUAAUCCAAGUUUUCUGACAACGGUAAGCUUCAGAGCGAGUGACGAUCUGACGAUCGACAGCAAAGUUCGAAUAACUGCUUACGACGUGCGGGAACGGGUCAGUCAAACGGCAACACCGAUCGGCAGCGCUAUCGUAACAUUUGGUGCUGUUCAGGACACCCCGAGACUGAGAAUACCAUUGAAAUCGCCCAAAUCGACAACAGUCGGUUUUUUAACGAUCAACGUAUGGAAUUUGGAGGCUGAAGACAAAGGGAACAGUACGGAGAGCACUCCGUCUCGUAACGUGCUUCCUUCGACUACAACCACAAAUGGCGACCAGAUUUUCACGCACAGACGAUCGCACUCUUUGCCACCGAGACUUGGAACGAAAAUCAAACUUCCUCACCAAGGGCAACUCAAGUUUCUGUUCGCAAAUCCUUACGUUCAAACUUAUAGGUUUCAUUCUGGCCUCGGAGGUGAUAUUUGCGUUCAUGAGAUCAUGGCUGAGAGUAAACUCUGCUUCCAAUUUCCUCAACAGUUAUUAGCUAUUUGGAUCCACGAGGAGAAAGAGUUGCUGCAGGAAGUCGCUGGAAUGGGAGAGCUCCGGGAGCCGUGGCACAACAAGCAGGUCCAAUUGCUCGAUCGUCAUUUGCAUCUCUUACAUCUCUAUUCUCAAGCUCGUGAAAAUCUGUGCUCGUUCAAAGGCAGUUACUUCAAGAGAUCUUCGCGUAAAACCGACAGAACGCUCGAAUUCGCUCCGGUUAAUUUGCACCUUCAGAGGAUGUGGGUACACAACGACACUUUGAACAAAUGCGGAUUCUACGACUUCAUCAGCGUCGGAGCGUUCACGGCUCAUUCACACAAGAGUAAAAACGGCGGUCUCAUCAGAUUAGUCCAAGCGUUGAAAGAAUCGCCAGCUCGACACGCGAAUCUCUACCAAGGAUCGUCGAAAAUAACGAUGGCCCACGACGCGAUACAAGCGAUAAAACAAUUGCGUCGUGACGUGGUCGAGGCGAUGCGAUCGCUGAUGAAACUGGCGAGGGACAAGCAGACGAGCGGAAUGUUGCCAAUUUGCGAGGACAUGAUAUCGAAAACGCGAAUAUUGUUGAGUCUCUGGGAUCCUGGUUUGGUUGAAGAAGCCUUGACGUUUCUGGAGGAGCACAAAGUGGCGAAAAUCCCUGAAGAAGAUCAGCCAGAGCGUGGAUUCAGCGAUUCGACAACGUCGAUCGCGAACCAGUCUCUUUCGCCUUUCAAACGAAUAACUCAGAGGCUCAAUUUCGAUCUCAAAAGUUCCGAUUUCGACGACUUCAUUUCCCCGGACACGCCGGACUGCGUUCAAGAUCUUUGGGUCGAGGGAACCGAAGCUACAAACAAGUACACGAGUUUGUCGUGCGAUUGCGAAAUCAACAGCAAUUUGUGCAUAAACAAACACGAGAAUUUCGUUAUAUUUCCGGACGUCGACGAUGAAACGGAGUCGGCGAAUCCAACGAGCAGUAAAGAAAAUAAUAACGAAACGUCAAACGACGAUCGAACGAACGAAGAAGACGAGGACGAGGACGAAGACGACGAUGACGAUGACGACGACGACGACGACGACAGAGUUCGCGCGAAAUUCGACCUCGGAAAACGCUUCUUGGACACCCAAAAAAUGUGCAAUUCUCCUUCGGCUAAUUAUUACAAGCCUACCGACGAGCCUGAACCUUGGGACCUAACGCAAUUGAAUAUCGAAGCCAGCGUCAUGUGCUUAGUAUCUAAAGUCAAAUUUCUAUGCGGACGAUGCAGCAGCCCGGCUGUUCGAUUGCGCAAUAAAAAUUCAAUCGGAAGAUCACAGAGCCUCAAAUGUUAUCUCGUUAAUGAACGCGGAAAUAAUAGCGUUUCCGCUGUCGUUACGAUUCAACCGAAAAAUGAUGCCAUCAUUACUGACGAGUCUAGCAAAUUACUACUGAAAAAGAGCAACGAUACUCAAACCUCUUGGAAGCAACCGCAACAACAUUCAGGCAGUUCUGCACGAAGUGAUAAUCCCAUUACUGCUAUGACUAAAGCCAAGGAUGUGUGCCAAGCCGUAGAUACGAUGACGCGAGUCAUCAAAAAUAACUCGACGGUACAAAGGAAUAAAUUCACCGAAGGAUUGGACUUCGCCUCGAUCGUCGAUUGGACGUGCGAGCUACGGCCUAGCAUGAAAAAACUGCGACAAGCGAUGGACGGUCUGCUGAAAACUGCUAGACUGACGCAUUCGGUAUUUCGAGUACAGGAAGAUGCGAAGAGAGCUCAGCGUGCUUGUAACGUCAGAUAUAGACGAGACGUUUGUUUUAGUCAAGCACUGACCGCAUUGGUAUCCGCUCUCAUGGCAAAAUUAUGGUGCCAGCGUCCAGAUCCGCUGUUCCUCCUUAUUUUAACGACACUCGGACCUCUCGCAUCCUUCGAAGGUCUUCUUAGUUACUAUGGAAAUGAAAUAGACAUGUGGGGUGACAUGGCUGUAGCUGUUGAGGACAUGCACACUGUUACAUUCACUCUUUCUCGUUGUGGCAUCAAUUCGAGAAUCCACGAAGGAAAAGAUGGGACCGUAAUCGCGUCACAAAUUCCUCUUCCACGAGUAGUAGGAUCCCGUGCUGCUCUGACAGUAAUGCUUCCAGUACCUGACGCCAUAUAUUCGUUGCUUCCACUCGUUCCUGCCUCCCGACAGACCCUCUCCUUCAACAUAACUCCAGUUUUUUUCAACAUUGGCAUUAACGAAAAAGCCACAUUAGCCGAAAGCCUUGGAACUACCGGUCCUCAGGAAAAAAGCAAUGUUGACAACUUCGAUCGACUGAACGAGUAUUAUUUGAGGUUUAAGAAACUCAAUUUGCCAACUGAAACCGGAACCACGAGACUUGGUGCUAGAUCGCCGAUCAACCGGACCCUCGUCGAAAUGAUAAACGAUUUAAGGUCUCAGGUUCACGCGAAAGUAGCAAAAAAUACUUCCGUGUUACAAUUGUCUUCGCAAAUAUGUCGCAGAAUGAAAGGUUUGAGAUUCACAAGCUGCAAAAGUGCCAAAGACCGAACAGGAAUGUCGUUGACCCUCGAGCAAGUUAAUAUUCUGGCAUCGGAGUAUCAUCUCUCGGAGCAUGAAUUCUUGCGUGCUUUGGACUGUAUGCGCAGUGAGGGUUGCAGACGUGAAAAUACUUGGAAGAACAUAGGUGUUCGAAAGUACACGUUCAAGAGUGCGAUAUCGUCUUUGCCAAAACUGUAUCGUCCGCCAACAGGGACUUACGGAUAAAAAGAUUCGUAGCCACGAGAGGAAAGAAACAGAGUGUGCAAAUCGAGGAGGAGUGAGAAAAUAUAGUAACGAAAUGACCAAGUACAAUAUCCGUGAAUAUAAAUCGGAGAAAAAAAUUAUUUAAAAGUAGAAAGCCGAUCGAAGAAGAAAAGGUCAAGCGUAACGGACGUUUUUUCGUGAAUGAAGUUCCAUCUCGUUGUUCCUCCAACGAGAUGGAAAAAAAAAGCAAAGAUAAAAAAAGAGAUUGAGGCUGUCGCCUCGUAAGUGAUGAGAUUCCUAUUGUUUUUCUUUUUCUCUUCCGAAUAAAUUAUUGAUACAGAAUUAAAA